AUUCGACUUUCAUUCACUACUUCUGGUGCCAUAAAAAUAACUUGCAGUUAUGGCAGCAACAUUGACUCUGUCAACAACCAUGGUUGCGACUGAAGAAAACACUGAUGUACAGGCUAUAACUGUUUUUCAAGAGAAAGAUGACUUUCAGGAUGGCGUGAAUCAACUGCUUCGACCUACCGAGUUCUGCACUCAUAGUGUGAGGUUGUCCAAGAUACGCAAAGAUGGGGAGCAUCGUGUGAGGAUUGUUGGAGUGAUAGUUAACAACAAGGGUGGUCAUGAGGCCUGUCUCAUGGUUUUCAAAAGACGGCACGGUGACAGUUUAAUUAUCGAGGACAUUUUACCCAUAUAUUCUGAUUUUCGUUUGACAAUGACACAAAGUACACCAGUCAAUUUAAACAGUCCUGGAUCAAUAGAGCAAUCUAAAGGAGGGUUUGUACUAAAAGUAUCAUCCAACAAAUCAAACGAAGUACGAUUUGAAUGUGCAGACGUACAGCAUCUGCACGGUCUUCUUGUUGAAAUCAAAACAGCCAUGGCAAAAGCAGGCAAGAGAUGUUUGCUUGAGGCUAUGGGGUAUUUAUCUUCUGGAAAGACUCAUGCAUGGAAGCGGUAUUAUGAACAAAUGCGACAGGAUACUUUACAAAGUGCAGAUGGAGCGCUUGGAGUCCGGCCAUCUUCAGCUUAUCGAAUCAAUUCCUCUGUUUCAAAUCCAUUUAUUAGUCAUGAGAGCAACGUUUCUGCAAAUAUACUAAAGUCGAUCAAAGACAGCUGGGCAGCCCAAGAACUUAGAAAGCGCGAAAUGCAAUUUUCAGAUUAUUCCAAACUCAAACUAUGUGUUGGAUCCUGGAACGUUAAUGGUCGUCUGGCAAGUGAGUCGCUGGUGCCAUGGCUUGGAUCAAAAGAGGCCGAGGAUCCAGAUAUGUACAUAUUGGGGUUUCAAGAAGUUGAUCUCAGUACCGAAGUUUAUAUUAUUGGUAACAAUAAUAUGAAAGAAGAGGAGUGGAGCACUGCAAUUGAAGCAGCAUUAGUUGCUUCACGCACAGACAAGUACAUUAAAAUUGCUUCGAAACAGCUAAUUGGUAUGCUCAUGAUUGUAUACAUUCGACGUUCCCUCUAUCCGUUUUUGCAUGACGUGUCUACUGAGUCUGUUGGAACUGGUAUUCUGGGAAUGAUGGGAAACAAGGGUGCAGUGGGGAUUCGAUUGAAACUUUUUGAUUCAUACCUCUGUUUUGUAAAUGCACAUCUUGCCGCGGAUACCAGCAUGGUAGACCGACGAAACCAAGACUAUCAGGAGAUAUGUCGUCGUCUAUCAUUUCCAUUACAGUCACAUUUCAAAAAUUAUAUUGCAUAUGCACAAGCCAAUGCAUGGGUUUGUAAUUCAAUGGACGCUGCCCCUUCAUUAAGCGGAUUUCCUACAGGAGGUGGAGCUACCAUGUCCAAUGACAAUCUAUUUAAUUUAAAUCGUGUUUUAUUGUCAGCAUUCGAUGCAGACCAUCUAAUUUGGGUAGGAGAUUUAAAUUAUCGUGUACCCAUAUCUGAUGCCGAGGCAAAAGCAAUGAUCGAAAGCAAUCGUCUUGAAGAACUUCUCAAUUUUGAUCAGCUGGGAAUUGAACAGGCUGCUAGUAGGUGCUUUAACGGCUUUAAUGAAGGCCAGAUUUGUUUCCCACCGACAUACAAGUAUGACGUGGGCACGUCUAGAUAUGACACUAGUGAAAAAAAACGAUCGCCUUCGUGGUGUGACAGAAUAUUGUGGUUUAAAAACCCUUUAAAAGUUGACGAUCCAGAAUGGCUUACCAUUACCAGCUAUGACUCUGUGCAGCAACUAAGCAUGAGCGAUCAUAAACCUGUUCGAGCUCACUUUGUGGCAAAGAUCAGAAAGCUGAACAAUGAGAAACUCUGCGAGUCCCAAGAUGAAAUUACACGCGGUAUGGAUAAGUUUGAAAAUGAGGCCCAGCCAGAUUUGGUGCCAGACUCAAACCAGGUUCAAUUUGGCAAUGUACGGUUUAUGGUUCCUACAACUAGAACAAUCGAAGUGGAAAACAAAGGCCAGGUAAUUGCACAAUAUCGAUUUAUAUCUCCUGCAUCCGAUGAUCGUAUCUGUAAGCCAUGGUGCUAUGUUAGUCCAUCUACAGGCACAUUGAUUCCAGGAGGAAAGAUAUAUAUAGACAUUACAAUUUUGGUUGACAAGUCAACUUCCCCUAAACUAAAUGCCGGAAGAGAUCACUUGGAGGAUAUUUUGAUUCUUCAUACAGAGAAUGGAAAAGACCAUUUUAUCACAAUUUCUGGAAAAUGGCUACCAUCAUCGUUUGGAAAUCCUCUUGGUGUCUUGUGCAGACUUGCUCGUCCUAUACGUAGCUGCACCUUGACCGAGCUCUGUGCUUUGUAUGAAGAGGUGGAGAAGGCCAAGUCAAGUCAGGGUGGAAAAUCCAACAUCACUGGUAGUACAGGGAAUAUUGUUGACACUGCGAAUUUGGCUGAAGCUAAUGACGAAGUUCAAACUAAUUACGACUCUCCAAGUCCCAUUCCGCCUGCGCAAGUAGGAGAUCGACUGAGUUUUCCUCGAGAACUUUGGCGUAUUAUUGACUUUAUCUACAAGUUUGGAAUGGAUGUGGACAAUUUAUUUCUUUCCACUGGUGAUUCUGCCGUUACCGAGUAUUUAAGAGAAUGCUUGGAUACUGGGGUAGAGUUUGAUCUUUCUGUUUUGCUGAGUGACGAGAUUCCCGAAAAUGAAGUCGAUACCCCAUGCGAAUCGCCUAGUGGACAAUCAUCGCCAAUUCCCACUGACCAGUUGCAACAGCAAACUCAAUCUCUGACUAAUACUAUUGUUUCUGAUCAGUCUAUCAAUAUUGAAGAGCUAUUAUCAAAUCUAUCAAAGUCGAAUACUGCGUCUAUGCCAUAUGUCAAAUUACCUCGCCCACGUGGUCGAGCUGUAUCGGUUCACUCUGCAGCAGAAACACUCUUGAGACUACUUGAAGCACUACCAGAGCCUAUUAUUCCCACAUUUCUUCAUCGUCGCUGUGUAUUAGAAGGGUAUCUUACGUUUGCCGCGGCUCGGCAGAUUAUCCAGUUUUUACCAAAGGAUCACUAUAGUGCUUUUAUGUAUACCACAUGUUUUUUAAGAGAGGUUCUGGCCAACUAUCGCGGCCGUGGAGGGUUAGACGAGGAAAAGUUAGCGCGACUGUUUGCUCCUAUUCUGCUACAGAUUAUGAAUCUAGACGACAAUCCGAAAAAUGGCUUUUCUGCUAUUGGUGUUGGAUCAACCAUUGGCACUACAAACAAUGCUGGUGCAAGUACUAGUGCACUACCUCAUGUAACGGGUAAAGGAGGCGGUACUUUUUCGCCCAAUGCCAGCUCUGUAGCAGUUGGUUUAUCACCGCCCAAGUCAACGUCUUCGUAUCUUAGCAGUGUACUUUUUGGAGCAAUAGGUGGACAAUGGAACAGCCACUCUCAGCAGCAAUCGCAACAGUCGACUCAACAAAAAGUGAAUGCGGCAAUGAUUGGUCCCCCUAUCCCUCCUGAAGCUACUUCUGCUGAGUUUAGAUUCUUUCCACACUGGUUCUACCGUCCAAAUGCACCAUUUUUAAAUGGAAGUCUCCCAGAAGGCAUGAAGGAUCCUUGGGCUCGUCGUGAAGCCUGGCGUUCUCAUCCUUUCUUUUCCUUGAAGAGUCGCAUAGGACUUAUGAUUCCUGGACUCACUGCCGGACUGGCCAGUCUUGGCCUAUACAUUCUCUACGACCAGUGGUAUACUACUAAAGGCCCAGGAGCUGCAGAAGCACAGUAUUGGAAAGACUGGAUGGUGGAGAGAGAGAAACGGCUUCACAGCGAAGGCCAGUCGCAUUCAACAGAGGCACAUUGA